CUCCCGAGUCCCAAUCCCGCCCCCAGAAUGGCAGAGCAACGCAAGAUCUCUGUGGCCAUGAUAUCUGAGGAAAGGUCAUUUGUGCUCAAGGUAGAUGAAUACUCAAGAGUCAAGGCGCAACUCAAGAUCGGCGAGAAUCUGACUUCUACCCCUUUCACUGUUGGAGGCCAUAAAUGGGCCGUGAGAUAUUACCCAAACGACGUCUGGGCGAGUAAUGGCGAUUCCAUCUCUCUUUAUCUAUUUCAUGAAUCUGCCGAUGCCGGAGAUGUGAAGGCCAAAUUCUCGGUCAGUGUACUUGACAAGAAUGGAGAACCGGUGCCUUCAUACAGCCGUACCAACCCUAUGCGUACCUUCUCUGAAGGUUCAGUCUGGAGCUCCGCACUCGUGAUCAAGAAGGCUGAUCUGGAGGCAUCGUGGCAUCUGAGAGAUGAUUGUCUCACCAUCAGGUGUGAUCUCCCUGUCAUGAAGGAGAUCAAGAGCGAAGAAACAAGGGUUGCUCCAAGCGACCUGCACCAACAUCUUGGUGACCUCCUGAAGAACAAAGACGCAGCAGACCUAGUCUUUCAGGUUGGUGGACAGAGAUUCUCCGCUCACAGGUGUGUCCUUGCUGCUAGGUCAUCCGUCUUCAAGGCUGAGCUCCUCAGCGCCAUGAAGGAGAGUUCUGCAGCUAGUCCUAUUGAAAUUCGUGACAUGGAAGCUGAUGUGUUCAAGUCCUUGCUACACUUCAUAUACACCGACUCGGUUCCUCUGCUUGAGACGGCUUGCAACAAAGGCGAAACUGAUGUGGUUAUGGCUGGCCAUCUCCUGGUAGCUGCUGACAGAUUCAACAUCGUCAGGCUGAAGCAGAUAUGUGAGGAGAAAUUGGGCAAUCACAUCGAUUCCAACAUGGUGGCAACCAGCUUGGCUUUAGCUGAGCAGCAUGGAUUCCAUCGUCUCAAAGAAGCUUGUUUGCAGUUCCUUGCUUCUCUGUCCAACUUUGAUGCGAUGGUGGCAAGUGAUGGGUAUGAGCAUCUCAAAUCCAGCUGCCCAUCUGUUCUCAAGGAGCUCAUAGCUAGAAUGAUCCCGUCUGAAUUUAAAUCAGCAAACGAUGUUAUCAUGGCAAUUUAG